AUGAAAACAGAAUUACUUUCGCCGAUCUUCUUCUUCUUCUUCUUCUUCUCUUUCCUUGUUCUUGUCUCCUCUGGCCUAAACUCUGAUGGAGUUCUCUUGAUGAACUUUAAGUACUCUGUUCUUCUUGAUCCUCUGUCUUUGCUGCAGUCAUGGAGUUACGACCACGACAGUCCCUGUUCGUGGCGAGGCGUGUUGUGUAAUAACGAUUUUAGAGUUGUGACUCUGUCUCUCCCAAACUCUAAGCUCGUCGGUUCGAUUCCUUCCGAUCUGGGUUUCCUCCAAAACCUCCAAAGUCUCGAUCUUUCCAGCAAUUCGCUCAAUGGGUCGUUGCCGGUUGAGUUUUUCUCCGCCAGUGAGCUCCGGUUUCUGGAUUUAUCAAACAACUUGUUCUCCGGCGAGAUCCCUGCGACGAUCGGCGAUAUGCACAAGCUCCGGACGCUAAAUCUCUCCGAUAAUAUCUUGUCGGGAAAAAUACCGGCCAAUUUGGCGUCUCUUGGUAGCUUAACGGAGAUUUCUCUGAAGAACAACUACUUUUCCGGCGAACUUCCCGGCGGAUGGAGAUCCGUUCAGUUUCUAGACCUCUCUUCAAAUCUAAUCAAUGGAUCACUUCCACCGGAUUUCUCCGGCGACAAUCUCCGGUACCUGAAUAUCUCUUACAACCAAAUCUCCGGCGAAAUUCCUCCGGACGUCGGUGCCGGUUUCCCUCGAAACGCCACCGUCGAUCUCUCCUUCAACAAUCUAACCGGUUCAAUCCCAGACUCUCCGGUUUUCUUUAACCAGAAAUCAAUUUCGUUUUCUGGAAACCCGGGUCUAUGCGGAGGUCCGACCCGAAACCCGUGUACCAUCCCUUCCUCUCCAGCCACCGUCUCCGGCGCCGCCACACCGACGUCUACACCAGCACUCGCAGCUAUACCGAAAUCAAUCGGCUCAAAUUCAGAAACCGACCCGGACGGACCGGGAAACAACAACCAAAAUCCCCGAACCGGGUUAAGACCAGGAGUUGUAAUCGGAAUCGUAGUCGGAGACAUCGCCGGAAUCGCAAUCCUCGCUCUAAUAUUCUUUUACCUCUACAGAUACAAGAAGAACAAUAGCGUGGAGAAGAACACGCAAAGUUUAGAAGCACACGAAGUUAAAGACACAACUUCAUUAUCACCAUCAUCAUCAACAACUUCUUCUUCUUCUCCAGAACAAUCCAACAGAUUCGGUAAAUGGUCAUGUCUACGUAAAGGUCAAGAAACAGAUGAAACCGAGGAAGAAGAAGAAGACGAAGAAAAUCAAAGGCCAGGAGAUGACAAGAAAGGGACAUUGGUGACCAUUGAUGGAGAGAAAGAGCUUGAAGUAGAAACUCUGCUUAAGGCCUCUGCUUACAUUUUAGGAGCAACCGGUUCGAGUAUAAUGUACAAGACGGUUCUUGAGGACGGUACGGUUCUCGCGGUUCGUCGGUUAGGUGAGAACGGUUUGAGUCAACAGCGCCGGUUUAAAGACUUUGAGGCACAUAUCAGAGCCAUUGGGAAAUUGGUUCACCCGAAUUUGGUCCGUCUCCGUGGAUUCUACUGGGGCACCGACGAGAAACUGGUCAUUUACGAUUUUGUCCCUAACGGCAGCCUCGUCAACGCCCGUUACAGGAAAGGAGGGUCGUCGCCGUGCCAUUUACCAUGGGAGACUCGGCUCAAGAUAGCAAAAGGUUUGGCUCGUGGACUUGCGUAUCUCCACGAGAAGAAACAUGUGCACGGUAACUUGAAACCUAGCAACAUACUUUUGGGGCAAGACAUGGAGCCCAAGAUUGGUGACUUCGGGCUUGAAAGGCUUUUAGCUGGAGAUACUAGCUAUAACCGAGCUAGUGGGUCAUCUCGGAUAUUCAGUAGCAAGCGAUCAACAGCAACGUCUACACGUGAUUUCGGACCCACACCAAGCCCAAGUCCAAGUUCGGUUGGGCCUAUAUCGCCCUACUGCGCACCUGAGUCGCUCCGCAACCUCAAACCGAACCCGAAAUGGGAUGUUUUUGGGUUCGGAGUGAUCCUGUUGGAGCUUCUCACAGGGAAAAUAGUGUCUAUAGACGAGGUCGGGCUCGGAAAUGGUCUGACGGUUGAAGACGGAAACCGGGCGUUGAUAAUGGCUGAUGUCGCGAUCCGGUCCGAGUUAGAGGGCAAAGAAGAGUUUUUACUUGGUCUUUUCAAGUUGGGUUAUAGUUGUGCAUCUCAAGUCCCACAAAAGAGACCGACCAUGAAGGAGGCUUUGGUAGUCUUUGAAAGGUUCCCUAUUGGCACUUCGACUAAGUCCCCAUCGUACCAUUACGGACACUAUUAG